CAACAACAAAAAGGCAAGGUACUCAAAAAAUUUACGUUUUGUUAAGAGCACACCAUCUGACACAAAUUGAAAAUUUGAAUUAUAAACUUAUCAAACAAAGCGCUCGCAACGCAACGCACAACUAAGCAACGGGUAUACGUUCAAAUUUUAGAGCUGUAAUUGCAAUUGGAAACAUCGAUACCAUAGCAAGCACACGGGUAAUAAAAACAACAAGCACAAGCAUGUCUGUCAGUGAUUUCAUUAAAGGUUUACCUAUACACGAUUCCAAUAAUUUUACACACCUGAGCAACGAUCAUGGGAUCCGAACGUCGCAAAAGCGCGCCUCUGUCUAUUUACCAACAGAGGAUGUGCCAGAACAAGCUCAACUGAUAGUGAUGGAUAAGAGGUGUGUCCUACUGAGAUACCUCACACAACAGUGGGACAAAAAGACCCUACAACGGAAGCGAGAGCACGGCAACGAUGGGAACAGUAACAAUACCAACAGCACCCCAAAUGGCAACAACAGCAAAAAGCGCCCACGCUUAGAUGCCAAUGAGCUCAACUGAAGCAGCUACACACUCAAACAUGCAUAAUUCAAAUUUAAACUCUGUUAAGAGCAACCACUACCAUAAAAACUUAAGAUAUAUCCCAUUUAUGUUUAAAAUAAAUACUCUAGAAAGUAAAUAA